AUGACGCUGCGGCUUUUCCUCGCGUCAAUAGCACUCCUUGGACUGCUCCUGGCGCAGCACGCAAUAGCUGCACGGGGCGGACGGGACUUCUACAGCAUCCUCGGGGUCGCACGGGACGCCGACGAUGCCACAAUCAAGAAGGCAUACCGCAAACAGGCGCUCAAAUGGCACCCGGAUCGGAACCCUGAGAACAAGGAGAAAGCGGAGGAACGCUUCCGCGACAUAGCAGCUGCGUACGAGGCCCUCUCUGACCCCCAAAAGCGCCGAGUCUACGACCAGUUCGGCGAGGAGGGCCUCAAGGGGGGCGAUGGCGGCGGUCCGGGCGGGCGUCCCGGCGGCCCAGGGGGCUUUCAGGCGCACUUUGGGGGUGGAGAUCCCUUCGAAAUGUUCAACAUGUUCUUCGGGAGGGGAGCUGCAGGGGGCGGCGGCAUGGGGGGAGGCGGUGGCGGAGCUCGCGUGCACUUCAAUAUGGGCGGCAUGGGCGGCGGCAUGGGCGGUGGCAUGGGCGGCGGAAUGGGCGGCGGUCGGGGUGGUGGUCAGCCCAUGUACGACAGUGAUCCGUAUGUACAGCAGCUGGACGGAUCCAGCUUGCCGCCCGACACGAACUGGGUUUGGAUUGUGGAAUUCUACGCCCCCUGGUGCGGCCACUGCAAGCAGCUCGCUCCUCAAUGGUCCAAGGCUGCCGCCAGUCUCAAGGGCGUCGUACGAGUCGGUGCCGUCAACUGCGACGAGCGACAGCAGGCGUGUCAGGCACAAGGCCUAAAGGGCUACCCAACAAUCAAGGCCUUCGUUCCGAGCGGCGGCGCCGCCGCACCAAGCGUCCGCGAGUACAACGGCGAGCGCUCCGCCAAGGCAAUCUCCGAUUGGGCCCUCGGCUUGGUGCCCAGUCGCGUGGUGCGAAUCUCGGACGAGAAGUCGCUGGAUAAGCUGUUGCUAGCGCAGUGCAGCGGCAAGAGCAAAGGCAAGGAUGCAGCGGCUUGGAAUGUGUGCGUCCUGCUGAUCAGCAACAAGAGCGAAACGCCCGCUCUGUACCGGGCGUUGUCUGUGGCGUACGGCGGCAAAGUGGCCUUUGGGGAGCUGAAUGCCGCCGCCAGCAGCGGCAAGGCCGCCGCUGCGGCGGCUGCGGUGGCGGCGAAGCUUGGCGUGGACUUGGCCGCGGAGCGCGAGGGCAGCGGUAAGCUGCCGCUGCUGCUGUCGAUCUGCAACGGCGACGUUGCGGUGGCGGAGCGGUACGGCGGGCAGCUAAAAUCGGAGCCGCUGGGCCGCCACCUUGAGUCGUACGCUGCGGGCAAGAAGUGCGCCAAGGCCGUGCGGCUUGACGCCAACACGGAUUUGUCGGGUCUCUCGACGCGACAGCUGAAAGACCUACUGCAAGCUAAGGGGCUGGAAUGCAGGGGUUGUGCGGAGAAGGACGAAUUGGUACGGCGGCUUCGGGACUACGUGACAUCUGGUGUGUAA